GUCAGAGGAAAACAACGAGUGUGUACAUUGUUUUAUUAAUUCCGAUUACGAAGUUUAUUGUUUAUCGAUCGGUGUUUAUCAUUUUCACGCUUUUGGAAUAUAAAAGAUGCGAGACAUUAAGAAAUAUAGAUACAGUGUAAUAAAAUUAAAAAAGACGGGAGAUUGCAGCCUGGACCCGUAUGUUUGCGUGCCAUAUUCAUGGUUGAAGUCAACGAAAAAACCAGUGGUUGUUAAAUAUCCUAACGAAGUAAAAUCAUUGACAGCGUAUAGGGUAAAACACUGUGAAGAAAGUCAGCCUGACUGGUUGGAAUUUGGCGCCGAUAUCAAAUAUAGCACAAAUUCCUACGUGGAUGCACAAAAAUGUCUUAGCAAACUUUUACACGGGUAUCGAGAGCAUAAUUCCCCGAAAGAUAAUACGCCAGCAACGGACACUGAAACAAGUCAAGAUCUUGAACCCCCUAAUGAAACUGAAAAUAUUGAUGUCAAAACAUACGGCACUCGUAAUAAGACAAAUGAAAUCCAAACAACUAACAAAACUGGUGAUGAUGAUGAUGAUAAUAUGCAAAUUGAGGAAAUCGUUUCUAAAUCACCAGCAAUGGGCGAACUUCCACCGAAAACCACUGGCUACAAACAAAAAAAUGUUUCUCGCCAAAAAGUUAAAGGAAAGAAAGUUGUUCCAAAUCUCAUUAUAAAGAAAGUGAAACCAACUAAAAAUAAAUUUAAAUCAAAACUUAUAGUCAAAACUAAACCAAAGCCUAAAGAAAUUGUUGAAAAUAAAUCAUGUACUGAACAAGAUAGUUCAGAAUUAGACACAACAAGUAAUACAAUAGAUACAGACAAUGAAACAGAAGGUGUUAAACUUGACCCUAAAAAUAUGAGCCUUGAUGUCCUUUGGAAAACUAUUCAAGAUCAAAUUUCUGUUAUUGAACAGUUACAACAAUCAGAUAACGAAAUUAAUGCAAUAGUUGAUAGAAUGUCUACUUCGAUUAAAGAUGUCGGUACGCUUGAGAGUUUGAUUGACCAAUUGGAAACUUUGGUAGAACAUAACGAAGAGCAAGAAGCAACUGAGGCGGAAACUGUAGAAAAUGAAACGGAAGAGUUGGAAAGAGAAAUGGUUCAAGAAGAAGGAGAAAAAGAUGACGGAAAAGAAGAAGACGGAGAUAAAGAAGACGGAAAAGAAGAAGACGUAGGCGAAGAAGACGGAGAAGAAGAAGACGUAGGUGAAGAAGACGGAGAAGUAGUGGUGAAAGAUGGCAAACCACAGUCUAUAGCACUACCACCUGAAUAUGACGAAAAUGACUCUAGAUGGACCUUGAGAUACAAGACUCAUGCGGAUGAUUUAUUAGAACUAGUAAAAAAAUCCCGUAUAUACGUCAAAACUGAUAAUCUUGCAGCGAUCGUUGUAAAAUCACAAAAUCCUAAACAACUAGCCCGCAACUUGUUAGAUGAAGUUUUCACUCACAAUGCUCUGUCGGUUUGUAAGCUUCCUCAAGCAAUCUGUGUACCUUCACCCAGACCUGAUCUGGAUGCUGGAGCUGUAAACGCCUUACUGGAUUUCGUUCAAAAGCAUACAGGUGUAAUGAAAUGGAAGAAAGUGAAUCCUCAAGACAUUAAAUUAAGUUUACGCGGUAAACUCUGCUAUGCCCAUAAGAAAUUCGAACAAACAGGUCGAUUUACGUAAAUGCGAAAAACUGUUAGGUAUUGUUCGUAUUUCAAAAUGCAAUUUUUUUUACUUUACCUAAAAGGAAAUGGCUUUGGCCUUCUGCUUGUGAGAAGAAACCUUUUUGAAUAAAGACAAUCACAGGCCGAUGAUGAUAACAGAAUUAGGGUUAAUGAAGAUGUACUUUUUAGAAUAUUAAUUAAACCCCAAUAUUAAAUAGAGGGUGUUAUAA